AUGUAUUUGGACGACUGGCUUAUACGAGCAAAGUCGAAGGAUCAGUGUCUGGAGGACCUUUCGGUAACACUAAAGAUGACACAGUCGUUGGGAAUCCUAGUCAACCUCGAGAAGUCCCAGCUGAGUCCCCAGCAGAACAUAGUCUAUCUGGGGAUUCAGAUGGAUUCUCAGGGUUUUCUAGCGUCUCCAUCAAUAGAGAGGAUAGAACGCUGCCUUUCAAAGGUGUCAGUUUUUCCAGGGAAAGAACAUUGCUCUGCGAGGGAAUGGAUGAGUUUGCUGGGAACCAUAUCCUCGUUGGAGCAGUUCGUUUCCUUAGGGAGACUGCACCUAAGACCCCUUCAGUAUUAUCUGAAGGAGAACUGGGAUCAGAGUUCCCAGGACCUCGAAGAAUCGUUCGAAGUCACGGACAAGAUUAAGCAAGAUCUUCGGUGGUGGCUAGACCCAAAGAAACUCGGCCAAGGAGUAUCCUUGCACAUAAAGAGCCCUCUCCGAGCGUUGUUUGCAGACGUGUCGGAUUCAGGAUGGGGAGCAACGUUGGGUUCGGAAGAAGUGUCAGGCACCUGGGAAGGAGCGCAGGUGUCCUGGCACAUAAACCAAAAGGAAUUGAAAGCCAUUCACUUAGCUCUCUUACACUUUCAAAAGCAGAUUUCAGGAUUGAUCAUUCAGGUCAAUUCUGACAACACGACAGCCCUAGCGUAUAUCAGAAAACAAGGGGGAACCCAUUCAUUCUCCCUUUACGAGACAGCGAGGGAGUUGCUGCUUUGGGCUCAGGAGAAGGAGAUCUCUCUACUAAUGAGAUUUAUACAGGGAGAGAGAAAUGUUCAAGCGGAUCUGCUAAGCAGAAAAAACCAAGUCCUCCCCACCGAAUGGACCCUCAAUCCUCAAGUGUUCGAGCAGUUAUGGGGGUUGUGGGGAAGGCCGAACAUAGACUUGUUCGCAACCAACCGGAACAAAAGGUUGGAGAAUUAUUGCUCCCCGAUCGCAGAUCCAAGAGCGAUAGCAAUAGACGUCCUCCUCAUGGAUUGGAAGGGAUAG